ACAUACUGGCAUUCUAUUCCAGAAGCCUUCAGAGUGGGUCAGACAUGGAGUGAGGGGAGCGAUGCACGUUUCUAAUUGUUUUCUUUUCUUAUUGAUGACAUUCAAAAAGGGCAUCCACACCAAAUACCAGAGCCACAGGGAGAUAAACAAAUGCAAAAUGGCAUUUUCCAAAGCAGUGCUGUUGUUAAUGCUGUACUCGUUAUCACUACAUGACACAGUAAGAGGUGUCGCAGAGAUAUGCCGGGGGACGCACUGCCACGGUGGCGAUACUGGGGAUCCCAGACCCUGCAUCGGAGCCCACUGCCCGGGGGGGAGAUCGUCCAGACCUCCGCGGCAAUAUAAUCCAACAACACAGGGCAGAUCGGGACAGAUAGUCCCCAGCCAGCACCAUGCAUACCCCAGCUCUCAGUCAAGAGGAGACACCCCAGACAAGUAUGUUGUUCAACCACAGCGCGGUAGGCACAGUGACAGCGCUAGGGAAAGCGCAAGGAUGCAAGCGUCUGAAGUUUUCGGUUCAGGAUGUACUGGAGCGGAUUGCGUUACUCCUCAGAAACAGCUCCACGCUAUUAACGACACCAGAGACUGUAAAGGGAUCGAAUGUAAAUUGCCACUAAGGAUACGGCCAAAGCCCCGUCCAAAAUAUUGUGUGGGAGAGGGCUGCCUGGCUAGUUCUGAGGAUGCCGCAGCCUCCAGCCAGCCUUCCCCUGUCCAUAUGGCGGACAGAGCUGCUCAAUUUCUGGGAGAAUUUCCAGAGUUUGGAUAUCCUGCAUCUGAACUUGGCAGCGCGCCUUUGGGAGUGCAGCUCACAUGUGACAUUACACCAGGGGAGAACGAGGUGCCUUCAGAGGAUGCCCUCAUUUUACACCUCCAACUGGCUAAGGGGCAGGAGAAGCUGGUGGAGGCCCUUCGGGCACAGCAAACGAUCAUCCGCGACCUGCAGCAAAAGCUAGCCGAACAGCAGGGGGCGCUGUUGGACCAGCAGCGGGAGAUCCUGGAGCAGCAGCGGCGCAUGUACGAGCAGAUGAACAUGGUCAAGGCACAGUACGGCUUGCUCUCUGACACCGUCAAACAGGUGUCCUUCCAAGGCCUCCAAGGGGAGCUUCAGAGCUACUUCGAGAGCCACCUGGCAGGCCUCCAGAGCCAGGCUCGGAGCCACCUGCAGAAGUCCUACGCCAUUCGCAAGGACAUGCACAUGGAUGUGGAUGCUAAGUUGAUGGAUGUGGUCGGGGAAGCCCACCUUCCGCACCCCCUGCUGGGGUGUGGCGCCCCGUGUGGACCGGAGGAUUACUGUGACUUCCAGAGGGAGCCGCCGCAGUGUGAGAAGUGUACCAUGUGCCCACCUGGGUUCUUCCUGGUCUCCCAGUGCUCUCCCAAUGCAGACAGAAUAUGCCAGGACAGAGAUGAAUGUCUUGAAUUACCAAACCUAUGUGGACAGGGAGUGAAGUGCCUCAACACUCCAGGAGGGUUCAGGUGCCUGGGCAUGUCGGAGAGGGAGGCUGCUGCUGGGGUAUGUGGCCAUGACUACUUCUACAACCAGGAACUUCAGGAGUGCCAGGCUUGUUCUGACUGCAAUGGAGACCCCAUUGCAAUCCCCUGUACAGCCACCAGCAAUUCUGUCUGUGGACCCUUCACAGACAACCUGAUGUCCCAGUCCUGGGGUGCCACCGUGACCUUGCCCCCAGCCAGGGCCCCUGGCAGCCACAUCUUCCCUGGCCUCCAGCUCAAUGUCCGGAGCAAAGAAGCCAGCGACUUGCUGUCCAACCACGCCGGCCGGCUAACCUUCCAGCAACACGGCUUGAUAUGGCUGGACCAUAACUUUGCCCUAAAGCACAACUGCAGGAACUUCCUCCAGGUGGGCAUGCGGCUCAACGGCAGUCAAGAGGAGGACCACGACCUCAGUGGGGUCCGCAUUGAGCAGUCAGACGGGAAGUAUUUCCAGGGCAUUAGCGUUAGUGGCAGCGCAGAGGUUGAGCCCAACCACAUGCUGACACUGUUCCUGAAGAGUCCCACCCAGCAUUGCAACCAGAGUAAGGACCUGCACGUCUAUGAACUCAACGGGCCUUCCUUCAGCCUGCUCUGGCUGUCCCACGAUACUGGAGCCGUGGCCAUGACGGCACAGAUGUCAAUGUCGGCCCACUACCAGACCAACUACCGUCCAACCUUCCGCAUCACCUCCGUCUCUGAUCCUUACAUGGUGGGGUUGACCCACGACAGCCGUGGGGUGCGCUUCACCGAGAGUGGCGUGGUGAAGUUUGUCCUACAGCAAGCGCUGUACUCCAUGGGCCACACCUGCGUCCGUGAGGGCUUCUCCCUGGUGGCCUACGCCAACCGCAACGGGACCAACCAGGAAUUGAUGCAGGCAUUCAAGUCAGGCGUCAACUACAGGGACACAUCCAUCACCCUUUCUGGGGCUGUCAGUGUGGAUAGUGGGCACUCGCUUAGUUUCGAGAUCCUAUCCCCGUCCCAGUGUAAUAUCCGCUACUUUGGAGACAGUACUGGGAUCAGUAUACUGAGCCUUAUCUGGAUCCCCUCAGCUGUCUCCUCUGCCCUGACUGCCACAGUUUCCAGGACAGGCCUUCCCUCUGGAGCUGUCCGCAACAAAGCCCUCCUCUUCCAGCAGGUCAGUCCGGAAUCAGACCAAGUGCGCCUGGCCCGUUCUGGGGAACCCAAUGCCCAAAAGAACAUUGUCUUCUGGGGGGAUGGGACAGCUAACGUGGCCCUCAACCUGAAGCUGAUCCAUUCGUGUAAUGUAGUGAAGCUCACCCUGCACCGGCAGGGGGGCAGCGGGGAGGGUGGCCAGGCAAAACCCGUGGCCCAGCAGGUGUCUGGGCACAUGCCUGAGGGCAGCGAGUGGGCCAACGUGGGCCUGAGGGCCUCCUUCCAGGUCCAGAAUGGUACAGCCAUCUAUGUGACACUGGACUGCAUACGUGGUCGUGUUAACCAGAUCACCCACAAGGGUGGCACUAACAUAUCCAUCCUCUGGGUGGCAUUGUGAUCCAAAAAGAGGACCUUUUUUUGUUGACUUUGUCACAUUUUGUCAACGCGUCUUAUAAACUAACAUGGUUUCGCACAAUUUCAAAUUACAGAGCAAACUUGGAAGGUAGAGGAACUUUUUUGAAAUGGAAAGGUUGUGUUUUGUCUAAUGUUAAUAUUUUUGUCAUGUUAAUGUUGUUUGUUAAUGUUGUUUGGAUCUUGUUUUUGAUACUUUGUUGAUUAAUUGAUUAUUUUCGGAUUACAAGUACUGAUUUUGGUUGAGCAUUGACCAAUUAUUUUGUAUGGAGUAAGCUGAAUGAUGUGUGUGUUUUUAUAAUGUUUGUUAUGCUUUUUAUUAUGCCAUAUCUUAUUCCAUCAAUUUCCUGCACAUGAAUAUGAAAUGUUGCCUUUCUAUGCGUGUGUACUACAGAGUAUUUUGAUAAAAGAUCAAUUCAAUAUUUUAAAUGUAUUAUAUUUAACUUUCACCAAGCUGUUAUUUUUAUUUCAUAUUUUCAAUGAUGACUUAUUCUGAAUGUUAUGUCACUUAACAUAAUAGUAGUGUAAAAUAGGAAAACAUUAGUAUCGAUAUACUAUUGGAAACAAUACCUUACUUCAUAACCAGAAUUGUACUUCAAUCUCUUUUGAUAAAACAAACAAUCACAGUUGUGUCAUGUAUGCCAAACAAUAGAAUGAUGUUACAAAUAUUGAUGUGACCAUGGAGCUACAGUAUAAGUGUAGUAUACAUUACAUUUACAGAUUAUUAUAAUUUUUACAUUAGCUAAUUCACACAAAUCAGGUUUUAUGUAGCAAAAAUAUGUUAACCGUUAACUACAUAAUGUAUGUUAUACUUUAGCCUCAAUACUCUUGGCCCUGUGGAAGUGCUGCCUAUGCAUAGCAUUCUUAAUUGCCUUUGUGUCUAAUUGUUUGGGGGACAGAACACGCACAAUGAAGUGUUUCAGCGAUUUGGCAGCGAAGUAAAGCGGUCGGUCACUGAAAUUCUUCUGCUUUAUUUUCACUUCACUAUGCAAUGAUUGGUGAUUUGUUUUACUUCACAUGUACCAUAGAACAACAAUGAGUGUAUUUUUUUUUUCAAAGCCAAAUAAAAUUCACAGAUAUUUUGUAA